AUGCUAAUUAAAAAAGAAAAAUCAAAAGAAGAGAAAGAGGUAAGUUUUUUCUCUUUUAACGAGAAAAAAAAAAGAAAUGUUAAAAAAUCUUCUGUUUCUUCAAUUAGUAUAUGUGAUUCAAUAAAAAGUAGCUAUUCAUCUUGUUAUUUAAAUUCCGAUUGUUUUUUGAAAAAUAUUAGUAUAUGUAAGAAAUGUAUUUUUUCAUAUUUUGAUUUUGAAAAUAUAACAAAAGUAAUUUAUAUGAGACAUGGAGCUAGAACGCCAAAAAAAAAAAUUCUGAACAUUUGGCCAUUUGCAGAAGGAAAAGGUGAUUUAACUUUUUUAGGAUUUCAACAAUCUAUUAAAAUAGGAAAAUAUUUAAGAAAAUAUUAUUAUAGUUUAAGGAAAUUAAACAAAAAGUAUAAUAGUAUAUAUAACAAGAAAAAAAAUUUAGUUAAUAAUUUAAAUAAAUGGAUAUAUAAAAAUAAUUUUUUAAAAUUAAUUAAAGAAAAAAAAAAAAGGAAUUUUUUGAUCAGAAUUAGUCAAAAUAAGAAAAGAAGGAAAAAAAUUUUUAAGAUACUAAUUCAUAAAAAGUAUUUUUUUAAUUAUAACAAAAGUUCUUAUAAAAGCUCUAAUAAAGAUUUAUAUAAACAAAUAAAAUUAAAAAAGGUAGUAAAUGAGAAAGACAAACAUAGAAAUUCUUAUUUUUAUAAAAAGAAAUAUACAAAUUAUCAUAAAAAAAAAAAGUUAAAUAAUAACGACAAUAAUGACAUUUUAAAAAAUAUAAAACUUUUUUAUCAAAAUAUUUUAACAAAUAAUAAUAUUUAUAAUAAUUCAAAAGAAAAAGAAAAUUUUCUGAAUAUUAUUAAGAAUUUAUAUUUUAGUAAAAAAAGUUUUUUAAAUGUGUUAGGAAAAUGUAAAAUAGAUCACGAAAAAAAAAAAUAUGAUAAAAUAAUAAAAUUAAUAAAUAAAUAUUUAUGUAUUAAAACAACAAAUAGUGAAAGAUGCAAGUUAACGGCUUAUGCAAUUAUAUGUGGAAUAUUGGGAAUUAGUGAAAAAAUGUUUUUUUUUUUUUUCUUAUUAUCUUUUGAUAAUGGUAGUGAAAAUUCUAAUUCAUUCUAUGAUAGAAUAAAAUGUAAAAACAAAAAUUCAUCAGGAGAAAAAAAUAUGUAUCAAAAUUCUUUUGAUUUGAAUUAUAUUAAUAAUAACAAUAUGUAUGAAAAAGAGAAUUAUAUUUAUAAAGACAAAAAUCAUAACAAAUAUAUGUAUAAAAUAAAAAAUUCUAAUCUUAUAACAAAUAAUAGGAAAUUUGAUGACUGUAUUUAUAAUUAUCAUUUUGGUAAUAUAUUUAAGAAGUUCUUAUCUACUGGUAAUCAUAAAAAAGAUAUUGAUACAAAUAAUUUUAAAUAUAAUAACUUUUACAAAAAUUGGAAUUUUUACGAUAAAAUUGAAAAUAUUCGUAAUAGUUGUAAAUAUAAUUUUACGAGUAAUUCAAAAAUACAUAGUAAUGUUAAUAUGAACUAUAUACAUAAUAAUAAUAAUAAUAAUAAUAAUAAUAAUAAUAAUAAUAAUAAUAAUAAAUUAAAUGAAAAACAAAAUUACAAUUAUAAUACAAAUGACAAUAUAUGUAAAAAUAGAAAGAAUUUAAGUUGUAUAUUGGAUGAUUUUAUGAUCAAUAAUGAUAAUAUUAUUGAUAAAAACAAUAUCUAUAGAAAUAAAUCAAAUAAAAAAAUUGUUUCAACAUUUGAUUUUGUUCAUUCUAAUUGUAAAGAAAAAAAUGGUGAUAUUCAUAGUAAUUCUAUGAAUUAUUCAAAACAUUAUAUAAAAAAAGAUAACUAUAAAGAUUUUCUUUUAGAUAAAAAUAUAAAAUCUGAUUUUAUGAAAUCAUUAAGUCAUAGUGAUAAUAUUAUAACAAAUAUAGUACAUUUUAAGAAUUACGAAAAAAAAAAUUUAAAAAAAAUGAAUCUUAAAUUUAAUACAAGUUAUAAUUUAAUAUACAAUAUGAGCGUAUUUUUUGAAUUUGUUAUGAACAAAAAAAAUAACGAACAAUUCUUUUAUAGUAAAAUAAGAAAAACAAAACAAAGAAAUAAAAAAAGUUUGGAGAAAUCGUAUAUUUAUUAUAUUUUUCAAAUAUUUUUACAAUAUAUAUUAAAUAAAUUUACAAAUCAUAUCAUCAAUAACAUUCCUUCUGAUAAUCAUUCUAUUUUGCUCACUGAUAAAAAUAAAUAUUGUUCAAAUUAUUUAAAAUUUGAAGAAGAAUUAAUUUCCGAUUUUUAUUUUAGCAAAUCAUAUAAAACAUUUUCUGAUAAAAAAAAUAAAAAAAUUAAUGUAAAUAAAGAAGAAAAAAAUAAGAUGAUUAAUUAUUGUAACAAUAAUAUUGAUACUUAUGAUAUUAUCAACAAUAUUUAUGAUUGUAAAAAUAAUCAUGAUGAUAUUUAUAUGGACAACUUUAAUAAUAUUAAUAACAUUAAUUACAAUGAUGACUUUAUCAAUAAUAAACUUUUAGGCUUUGAUAAAUAUUUUAACAAAAUAUAUAAUAAAUUUAUAGAAAAGUAUUAUUAUUUGCUUAAUUUUCUAAAUUAUAUAAAUUUAUAUAUUAGGUUUUUUUUUUAUUAUUUAAAGAAUAUUUAUGUAUUAUGUUCAGUUGUUAAAGUGGCCGAAAGAAAUUCUCUUAUGUUUAAAACGUUAAAAGCUAAAAAUCAGUAUAUUAAAAAAUUAAAAAAUCAUAUUUUUAAUAAUUCAAAAUUAUAUAAAUUUUUAAACAAUUAUUAUAAAGAAGAAAUAUCAAUAGUUUAUUAUAUAACCAAGUGGAAAGAUAAAUAUAUAAACACAAAAGAAAUUUUAUUAAAAGAUGAAUGUAGUAUUUAUACUCCCAAUGUUUAUUUAAAUAAUAGUAUAUUAAGUACAUUUAAAAAACAUAUUUCAUCUAUUUAUAAACUAAAAAAAAAGUUAAAUAAUUCCAUAAUAUUAAGAGAUUUGAAAAAAUUAAAUUAUAGUUCUGUUAAUACUAAUUUUAUUAAUAUUCAAAAUUAUCAACAAAAUGAAAUAUAUCAUGAAAAAAAAAAAAAUUGGAAACAUUUUUUCAAUGAUAAAAGAAAAACAAUUAAAAAUAUAAAAAUUAUUAAGAAAUUUAUUAGUUCAUAUGAUGCUUAUGUGUAUCAUAAUGUUAAUCUUUUUUUUGAUUUUAACAAUGCUUAUAAGAAAUUAUCAAAAGAAGAUUCUAGUGACACUUUAUCAAAUUAUGAAAAAAAAGUAAAUAAUUCAAAUAAUAAGAUUUUUUUUAAUACAUUUCAAGCACGCAUUAAUGAAAAAGAAAAUAAUAACAUUAUAUCUCCAAUAAAUUUAUCAAAUGAAGAAAAUAAUGAAAAAAGUGAAAACAUUAAUAGUUGCAUUAAACAAAAAAAAAAAAAGAAUAAUUGUGAACAAAAAUUUAUUUCUAUAAUAGAUAAUAAAAGUAUAAAAAAUAAAGAAUUCAUAAAUGACAAUAAAACAUUUCAUAAAGGAGAAUUUAUUCAUUUGCUUGAAGGACAUAAUAAUUAUUUUGAUAAAUGUAGUAGUGAUGAAAAAUUGAAUAAUAACAAAAAAUUUAAUAACGAAACAUAUAAAGAUAAAAAAGAAUGUUGUAAAGAUGAAUUAAUAAAAUUAUCUGUAAAUAAAGAAAAUAAAUUAAGUAAAGAUGUAUUUAAUAAAUAUAUAUGUGAUAAAAAGAAAAAAAAAAAAACAAGGAGUUGUAGAAGUUUUCCUUUAAAUGAAAAAGAAAAAAAAAAAUUAAAUAUCUGUAGGAAUUUAAAUGGAAUUAUAAAAAACUUUAAAAAUAAAAUUACUAGAAAUAAUAUCAAGCGUUCUUGUAAAACAAAGAAAGAUAUUAAUGUAUCUAAAAAAAACAAGAAAAAUAAAAUAAAAAAAUUUUACAAAAAUAUAUAUGAGUGUUAUAAAUUAAUGUGUAAGCUUGAAUAUAAUAAUAAAUAUUUAUCGUGGUUAUGUAGUGGUAUGUCUUUAAUUGAUGUUGCUAUUAAUUUUAUAAUCAACGUAAGAUUAUUUGAAAAAUUUCAAAAAGAAAAAAAAAAAAAAUUUAUUCCGAAAAUUAUAUUAUAUUUAACACAUCAAUCAGCUCUUUUAUCAUUUCAAUCGUGUUUAGGUAUAAAAAUAAAUAAUAUGAAAAUACCUCCAUUCGCUGGUUUUAUAUCUCUUGAAUUAAUUCGUAUUAAAAAAAAGAAAAUAAAACAAGGAAUUUUUAAGAAUGAGUUUUAUCAUAAUUGUGUCAAUGGAGAUCCUAAUAGUAUUAACAAAAAAUAUCAUACUUUUGAUAAUAUAAAAAAUCACAUUUUUAAAAGAAAUGAUUUUAAAAAUAUUAAUAGUAAUAAAAUUAUUAAUUAUAUUAAUAAAAAUGAUACAGCAAAUAUAUUUUGCUGUAAAGAAGAUUGUGUAUGGAAAAUUAGAAAAAAAAAAAAAAAAAUUCAGCAAAAAUCUGUUAAUUAUUAUAAAAAUGAUAAAGAAGAAAUAGAAAAAAUAAAUAAUAAAAAAAAAAAAAUAAAAAUAAAAAAUAAACAUAAUGAUAUAUAUGAAAGCUUCUUGCCAAAAUGCUCAAAUAAAAUUCAAGAUUUUAAAAAUUUGUUUUUUCUAUUAUGUUAUAAAGAUAAUAAAAUUGAAGACCUCAUUGAAUUAUACAAUUUAUGUAUAAGUAAUGAUUAUACACACAUAAAAAAUGUUCAUUUAAAGGAGAGAAAAAAAAAAAGAAAAAGGUAUUUUUAUGGUUAUUUUAUUAAGUUCACUUUUAAUAAUUACUUUCCUUUAAAACUAAAAAAAAAAUCCAUUAAAAAAUAUAACAUAAGUAAAAAAAAAAAAGAAGAUAAAUGUUAUAAUAACUGUCAACCAUUUCAGAAUAGUAAUUGUACAUAUAUUAAAGAAAAAAAAAGAAAAUAUUACUCUGAGAAUCAAAAAGAAAAGAAAAAAGAAAAAGAAAAAAAACAUUUUUUUAAAAAGUACACUAUUACAAAUAAAGAAAUACAUAAAAAUAGUGAAAACAAAGACAACUUUAAUAAUAUUCAACAAAAUAAUGUGAUAAAAGAUAAUUUGAAAUGGAGUGAAAAUAAUAAAGAAAUUAAAAAUACAAAACUUAUUGAAAAUAAAAAUAUUAUAAACAAUUUUUAUACGAAUUUAAUUGAAAAUGAAAAUAAUCAUAUGAUAAAUAAGAAAAACAUUACAGAAGAAUUUCAAAAGGAACCUAUAAAACUAAAUUUAAAAAAUCAUAUUAUAAAUAAAAAUGAAACAUACUCAGAAAAUAAAACAUUUGUACCUUUGGAAAAUAAUAAUGGAAACAAUAAAAAAAUAAAAAAAAAUAUUAUGAAAAAGUUGAAUAUGAAUAAUUUUCAUUUCAAUUGUAAAUGUGAUAAUUACAUGAAUUAUAUUUAUAAUAGUAAAAGUAUAAAGUAUUGCAAAAAUUAUCAUAAAAUUAAUAAAAAUACAAGUGUAAAGUUUACCACUAAAAAAAGUGUUAAUAUUAAUAGUAAGAUAUUGGAUAAAUAUGAAAUUGAAAAAAAUGAAAAUACUUUUCUUUUUAGUAAAGAAAGUGCAAAAGAUGAAUGCAUUUUUCGUAAAUCAAAGUUCAUAUCUCUUAAAAAAAAAGAACAAGGAGAUAUAAAUUGCAGAUUCGAAAAAUUUGAAAAAGAGAAAGAUGAUAAUUAUAUAAAUAAUAUGGGAUAUAGUUUUAGAUGGUACAAAAAAAAUAUAUCAUCAAAACUUUUUAAGAAAAGAAUAAAAUAUAAAUAUAUUAAAAAAAAUAUAUCUUUUAAGAGAAAAAAAGAAAAAAGAAAAAGAAAUUAUGAAAAUGAAAAUAUGAUUUGCUUAGAUUGUUUAAUUUUAUAUUUAAAAAAAAUGUUAAGUAUAUAUGGAAACCCUGAAAUGUUGUAG